AAUUAAAGGCAAACUUUAAAACAAUGUGAGGAUUUUCAUAUAAAUAUUGGUAGGACACCAGACCCAAGCCAACACACUUUGUGACUCUGACCUAAACACACAUUGAGCAGAAUUAUACCAAGCUAAUAUAUUUAAGUCUAGUUAGACAUUACUGAAUUAUACCAAGCCAAGUGAAAUAUAUAUUAAAUAAAACAACAUGGAUGUUGUCUCCGCAGCUUCAGCUUUACGCAGUCAGUUGGUGGCUCUCCACAACAGUGAUGUUACUGUCUCACAGUUAGAGAGAAGUAUAACCAGUCUGGGUCAACAGUCUCUGAUGUCAGCUAUAGAAGACAACCAGUCUCAACAUCUACGAUUGGUUCUCCGUCUGUCUGUCAACGAGGGUGUAUGUCAGAUGUUCAAACAGUUCUCCAACAGGAAAUGGACUGAGGUUCAGAAUACCGCCAGGUCAAUCAAGUCCAGCAUGGAAGCAGACGACAAUGAGCAGACACCUCCAGUGAUGUCAUCAUCCCCAACAGAGGGCAGCACAGGUCAAGAUAAGGCAGAAGAAGUGUGGACCAGUGUGUUUUGUGAACUGUCUAGACUAGAUUGACAUUGACUACAUGUAUAUGUAAAAGAACUAAGUGCUAACUUUGUUGUUCAGAUUGUUGUUGAAUAUGAUAGUGCUUGUAUGUAUGUCAGUUAUAGAAAUAAAUAUAUAACCUACAUUGCUGUUUAUUUUG